AUCCCUGUCUCUGCAUCCUGAGCGAUUCUUCUCUGUUCUUAGCUUUAGUUUGUCUUUCAAAAUUUCAAAAUUGGUGAAGGGCAAGUUCAGCUUCUUGAGUGGAUCUUGAUAACGCUACGGUCCAUUCAAUCGUGUUUAUAAGCUUGCAAAAUGAAAUUCUGCAGUGUCACUCGUCUGAAUUUGAUUUUUCUGUGAUCUUUCAGGCCCUUUAUCACUGUAAUAUCUAGUUCCUUGUUCAUAUUUCCCCUUAAUUGCUUUUACUUUUGAAUCUGUUUUUUGAAUUUCCUUGUUUCACGCUUAUUUUACCCUAAAUUGCUUUCACUUUUGAAUCUGUUAUUUAAAUUUCUUUUGUUUCGCUCUUAUUUUGCCCUUAAUUGCUUUCACUUUUGAAUAUGCUAUUUGAUUUUCCUUGUUCCAUGCAAACGCACUCUGUCCCAAAACUGUCUUUGACACCGAUGUUUUGAGGCAAUUUCUUCGUUUGCGACAUUAACUACUUCCGUUCUGGCAAACUCGUCCAUGAAAUUUUCAUUUCAUGGCUUCUCUUUUUCGGAUACAACCAAACAUAAUGUGAGCUAGUUGAGGGACAUAAUGUUCAGCAUAGCUUUUUCCGGUGAUGAACAAGUCUCGAGAUUUGUAGUGUGGAAAUCUGUGAAGUCACUUUACGAGAAAAGUGUAAGAGUCCAUUACUGUGCUCUUGUCUCCAGUGUUUGAGUAGUCUAAAGAAGUGUUUGAAUAUGAAAAUCCAACUCCUGCUGGUAAAGUGAUGCCUCUAGUGUCAGACAGACCAUGCUCUCAUUCAAACUUAUUUCCUUACACCACAAUUACCAUACAUAGUGGCCACCUUCCUUUGUUUGUUGCUGUCAGGAAUCUCAGUUGGUUAUAAUCUUUUAUUAUAAAAUCUGAUUGUACAUUCCUUUAUUUUCUUAAGGCUAUGUUUUUUUAGUGAAUUUGAGAAGAUGAAUUUGAGGGGAUUUGAGAGAAUUUGAAGAUAAUUGUUUUUUUUCGUUUAUUUGAGUGAAUUUGAAGGUAAAUAAAAGUGAAUUUGAAAAUAAUUUUUUUUAAUUUGUCAUGUCGAUACAAUUCUUUACUAAUUCUCACAAAUUUUAUUUUCAAAUUCACUCUUAUUUAUCUCCAAAUUCACUCAAAUAAACGACAAAAUAAAUUAUCUUCAAAUCCUCUCAAAUCUACUCAAAAGAAUAGGGCCUAAAAGCUUGGAACAAUUGUUUUGGAAUUAACCAUCACGUGAUGGAUCUGCAUAUGUUGUCUUGGGUUGGACACGUUAACUAUGGAGCCAUAAUAUUUUGUUCAAUUAAAAGCUAACUAGAAACAGGUGGAAUCUUGGGUAAUUGUUGAUACCAUUUGUCUUAAACUGGAAACAAUUUCAAAUCCUUCAACUAAUUUCAAAAGACCUCUGGAAGAAAUAGGGUUAAAACACGUGCAUAACCGCUUCCCAUCACUUCUGAAGUCUUUAAUCAAGACAGAAAGGUGUCAAGAAGAAUAUCCCUAAAGAAUUACGAACUCUGUUAAGUGUCAGCUUAGAAUCUGGGUAUCUUCUGUUCCAGCUACAAUUUACUAUACCCUGUGACUAAUACAUUUGUCCAUAUAUAUAUAUAUAUAUAUGUUGGUGUAUGUAUUCUACUUCUUAGUUUAAGAAGCUCUACGAAGAUAGGGAAGAUGUUGGAUAUAUUGAAGCCUGGUUAUAAAGAUUACCACUUUAUAAGGAGGAAAUAUUCUUUAAUGCAAAGAGAAGAAAUUUAAACAAGGAAAAUGUUAUGUUGACAAUGAAUUUUUGACGACAAUCUAACAACGCUAGGUGGCGUCUUGGCAUUGGCUUUGUAAAGUGAAAAAAAAAUGAGGAAGAGGGUAUCAGGCCGAGGGGUAUUUUUGGAAGAAGAUUUUGAAAUUUUAAGAAAUGGGUUUGGCGGUUUAAUUUGGGCGUAACGUGCGCACCAUUCCUUCUUCUCUGUAGCUGUCUCCUCCAUCUUAACCCUUCGUUGUUCUCUGUGGCUCCGUCCUCCAUCUUCACCCUUCCAUCUUCUCUCGCUUUGUAUCUUGGGUUUAGGGAAUUUUUGUGUUUGGAAGGCGGGUGCAGUUUUGUGUGUGGUUACUGUUGUGUGUGGUUACUUUUGUGUGCAGGCUGUGGAGCAUUGUCGUUGUUGUGGGCACUUUCAAUGGAAGGGAAAAACCGAAGUUGGCGGCUUGUUAUCUCGAUGGAGUCAUCGAUCAUUAUUGAAAUGAAUCGUGUACUACAAAAGUGUCAUGUGGAACGCAUUAGGAUGACUCCAUUUAUGUGGUGUUUGAAUAUUCAUAACCCUGUGGAAGUGAAUUUGAAAUUAUUGAAGGUUAUGGUUUGCAGGUGGGCCGGACAUGAUAAUAGUUUUAGAGUGAGUCAAAAGUUGGUCCCCUUUUCAGUUAUUGAUGUGUUCAUGAGCCUAGGUUUAGAAAUAGGUGGUUUAGAGAUUUCGUUUGAUGAAGUAGUUGUUGGAAUGGUUGGUGAAAUGUUUAAAUAAAAAACUAUCAGUUUGAAGGAUUUGACGGACAUGUUUAAUGUCAUUGUGCAUGAUAAUAACAUUGAUGUUGAUGUAGUAUGUAGGUUAUAUAUAUUAGUUUGUUUGGUUGUUUUUUAUUUUCCUAGGAAAUCAAGGCAUGUUUGUAACAUGCCUUUUGUAGUGUUAGAUGACUUAGACAGUUUGUGUCUAUACGAUUGGUGUACCGGUGUACAUAUACAUAUUGUACAGAAUUUAAAUAAAUGUAAGAAGAAAAUUAUGAGAGGAGAUAUUGCGCAGUCACUCACUCUUAGUGGCAAUGUGGCAGUGUUGCAGGUAACAUGAUUUAUAGUUGAUUAUUUUGAUGUACUGGAGAACAUUGUGAAGGAUGACGGAGGGAUGAGUGAAGGAUCCAAGGUUGAGAAAGAUGAUGACGAAAGCUCUGAUGACGACACAUGGGAAGUAGGUGCCGAGAAGAGAUUGAGGAAAAACAAUGAAGAUCUCAGAGCAUUGAAUGCCAAGAUUGGAGUUCUUACUAGGGAGUUAAUUGAAAUUUGUCAAACUCCAAUCUUCACUGAAGAAGAUGCAUGUGGUAGUGAUGAAGAAGUUGCUGGCGGAGUUGAUGAAGCACCUGAAGUUGGGGGUGAUGAAGAGGCUGAAGUUGGUCGUGAUCGUGGAUUUAAACAACAAGAUGAUGGUAAUGUAGUUGAUGACCCUCUAGGUGCAUAUACGGAAGUAAGAGGGGAGGAUAAAACCGCAUGUGAAGAUGAGAUAGUUUCAAGAAGUCAUGAUAAAAUUGUUUGUAUUGAAAUUGAUGAUGAUGGUGAUGAAGUCCAACCGGAGGCCGUCCCAUUGGUUAUCCCCCCAUUGCGCAGUUUUGCUGGGGAUCCAAGGACCACUGUUGAUGUAGACCAAUUGUACAAAGCAGUCAGCGUCAGAGAGAUCACUGUAUACAGGGUUGUAAGCGAGAUAAUUGGGCAAACCUUGAGCACGACUUCAUUUUACACUUUGGCCCCGAUAAAAUACGUUGAUAACAUGCACCAUAUUCUUACAGCUUAUAGGAAACGUCCACAGAAUCGUCAUGUUUGGACGCUUCAUAACUAUAACAGUUAUCUGCGUAGCGAUCAUUUUGGACUUGGAGACUUUGCCACAACUGACUUUUUGUUUAUGCCAUUUGUCCACGACGAUCAUUGGUGGUGUUAUUCAGUGAAAUUAAGUUCAUUAGAGAUAUUUGUGAUUGACUCAUUGGGUAAGGGGAUCAGAGACCGGAAAAGGAUAGACACAGCUGUUGCUGAAAAUAUGGCACGAUUUUUUUGCCUCUUGAUGAAUAGACCGGAAGGUAGUAUUGCUCCUUUGACUGUUAAACAAGCAAAUAUCUCAUCCCAACCAAACUUACAUGAUUGUGGAGUCAUAAUGUUGAAAGCAAUGGAAAUUUGGGAUGGAGACGAGAAAUACAACGGAAAAAGCAUGCCUCAAUAUACAACCGAGGAGCUACUUGGGAUUAGAAAGAAAUAUGUAUGUGACUAGAUCCUCGACAACGAGAACAUAAGACGAAUGGAAGCCCUAGAGCUAUAUGGCAUUUUUUAGGAUAGCUUACAGAUGAAAAAAUUUGUUCUUGUAACACAACAUGUUUAUAUAUGUACAUAAUGGAAGUUGAUAAUGUAGACAUUGUAUUUGUAAUAAGAUUAUUGGUUGGAUUUUGAA